ACUCCCUCGACAGCUACUACAACUGCAAGUCCUGUCACCCCUACCACACCUACUCCCUCGACAACUCCCAUCGCUGCCACACCUACUACCGAUGUUUCUUCAGUGACUUCUAACCAUGUCACUUCAUCAAAGACCAGCAGCCCAACUCCUGAGAGCAAAGGUCCUUGCCAAAAAUAUUCCUGUAGCGAUGGCUCUUCGUGUGUUGACCUGAAUAAGACACAUAUUUGCCUGUGUAUAGAUGGAUAUUACUAUAAUUCUUCCAAAUGCAAUAAAGGAAAGACAUUCCCUGGAAUAAUUACAGUAACCGUAACAGACACAACUGACUUGAAAAAUACAAUGUCUAAAGCCUAUGAAGAACUACAUACAAAAGUUAUUGGAUUUUUUCAAGAUGUAUUUGUCAAUUUGGAUUAUGGACAAACUGUAAUCCAUAAUGUAAGAAUACCUCCUUCAGCAAGAUCUGAAAUGCGUGCUGAUGGCAAGGAUGUCAGUGUAACAGUAGUAAACCUUUUUGCAGAAAACACUGCAGAAAAUGAGAUGACUGUAUCUCGUGCAAUUGAAAAAGCAAUUAACAGCAGCUCUUCUGUCAUUACAGGAUAUGUUGAGCAAAAUCGGUGUGACUUUUAUGGUUGUGUAAACGAUAUGCAAGAUAACUGUACCAAUGGUUUCCUAUGUCAAUGCAAGAACGGGCUGGAAAGACCAAACCCACAGACCCCUGUGUGUCUUGAAUUUCAGCUGAUCCUCGUUAUCGUGGGCACCAUCGCUGGCGUCCUCAUUUUGGGCAUGGCAAUUGCGUUGAUCAUAGUGAGAUCAAAGAAACAGAAGGAUGAUGAAGAACAGAACUUGAUUGAGAACGACUUUCAAAACCUAAGACUGCAGCAGCAGACAACAGGCUUUAUCAAUCCAGGAGCAGAGGGGAGCCUCUUCCCUAAAGUCAGGGCGAACUUCUCCAGAGACCAUCAGCUGCAGAAUCCCUAUGUAAACCAGAGAGGCAUGCCCCGCCCUGAUUACUAGAACGGUAAAAAUUUGGAAUCAUCCAUGGCCCUCAACCCAUUAUACAGCCUUUUAUUUUACAUGUUUAACAGACUGAUAGAGAAAUGAGCAGCAGUGAAGCUCUGGCCUUUGGUGUUUUUCUUCCAUCUGACCUCUAGCCUCUCUGAAUGGAAGCUUGCGAAAGUUUGCGAUGAAUACAGCUUGUUUGCUAAUUAAGUACCUAUGAAAUUAAAUGCACUUAGAUGGUAGUAGUACUUGUAAGACAGUUGAUUUUCUCCAAUCAGUACAAUGGUGAGGAAUUUUUGUUUUGUUUUGUUUUUUUCUGGUGAGGCAACAGUAACCAUGUCCAAUCUAGAGGAAAGCUCCCAAGAUUGCUCACUCCUGGGAGACGGUCGCUCUUGAGUUGAUAGCCUACAGAUCAGUGACCUCAUUCUGGGAGACCCUUAUACAUCAUCUGUGGAGGUCCCAGGGGAUGGGAAGAGGUCCCGUCUUUUCAGGUCCUCCUAUCCCUCCACUGUAGCGAUUUGAUUGCCCUUGAAUUUCUAGGAGCUUGUGACUGGGUCUCACACAAAAAGACAGAAAAAAGACGUGUCUGUCAGGUUUUUCAGGAGGAGUAACUGGAAAUACAGGACCUUUUUGAUGUUAAUCAGAAGGCCUAGACAAAAAUGUCCACCAUAGGGUGCAUUCUAGAGUUUUUGAAAUGCCAGUGGAUGUGAGGAAAAAUCAUGACCAGAAGCAGGAGGACCAGAGGCAGAGGGAAGCUGGAAGAGGAGAAUGGGAGAAGGCACACAAAGCCCCUCCUCGACGAGCAAACGGGCACAUCCUCUAACCCAUGCCCUACCCAAGACUCAGAGCCUAGGAAAAGGUGUGAAGACAAAAACCCCAGAGCAAGAACUUGCAGUAGCUUGGAAAUUGCAGACAUCCUGUCUGGCUGAUGGUGGGAGAGGGAGCUCGUGCUCUGGAUCCAGAUGUCCGGCCUGCUGAUGCAGAGUCCAGAGGUGCUUCACCAUGACAGAGGCUUAGCUGGGGCCACAACACACACACACCCAGGAAUGGGGCAGCCACAUCCAGCACAGGCUUGCUUUAAUGCUAACGGUGUCCUUGUAUAUGUCUAAUGUUUGUCCCCCCCCCUUUGCAAGUUUCUUUUAUUUAUUGUUGUUAUUAUUUGCUCCUGACUGUUCACUGUGA